GUCAGCAAAGAUGGCGGCGUCCUGUGUGCGGACCGUGGGCUCGUUUCUGGGGAAAUGUAUGAAAUGCAGUUCGAGUAUAAACACAGUCGCCACGCAGGUGCUGCUGAGCAGGCAGGUAUGUGUGAGCUCUGCCCUGUGGAGGAAGAACCUGGCGGCCGCUGGACCGGAGAAGUUCACCCUGGAGUACAUCCAAAAGCAGGUGGAGGAGUACGAAAUCGGGAAACGCCACCUGGCCAACAUGAUGGGAGAAGAUCCCGAGAACUUCACCCAGGAGGACAUCGAUAGAAGCAUCACGUACCUUUUUCCCUCCGGCCUGUUUGAGAAGAAAGCUCGGCCGCUCAUGAAGCAUCCUGAUGAAAUCUUUCCCAAGCAAAGAGCUGUCCAGUGGGGAGCAGACGGGCGGCCCUUUCACUUCCUGUUUUACACCGGCAAGCAGUCCUACUACUCCCUCAUGCAUGAUCUUUAUGGCAAAAUCCUGAAAAUCGAGAAGCACCAAGACCGUCUGAGGACCAAAGGACUUUUCUCCCAGGAUGCCCAGCUGAUCUCCCUCGGCCCGAGCCGGUGGCUGACAAAGGAGGAGCUGGAACUGUUACUAGUGGAGACCAUCUCUACUCAUGAUUACGACCGUUUUAUCAAGCUGAUGGAGCACAUGCUCGCCAUGCCGUACAGCAGCACGGAGGACGAGUUCGUCCAGCGAUACCGUCGGCAGCUGGAGGCUCAGUCCAUGAAGCAAAUGGUGCCACCGCUGGAGAAGGAUGAAAAUGGCAUGGCCUUCAGCACCGCGGAGGGUCGGAGGAAGACAUCAGACUCAUCAGUGAUCCUGCGGGACUGCGGCUCAGGACACAUUACCGUCAACGGCCAGGACUACCUCCAAUACUUCCCCGUGCUGCAGGACAGAGAGCAGCUGAUGUUCCCGUUGCAGUUCAUGGGCGUGCUGGGCCGCUUCAACUUGGAGUGUACGGUGAGCGGCGGGGGCAGGUCGAGCCAGGCGGGGGCGCUGAGACUCGCCAUUUCCCGUGCGCUGCUCAGCUUCCUGUCUGAGGGAGAUGGGGAGGCGAUGAGACAAGCUGGUCUGCUGACCCCCGACCCAAGAGUGAGGGAGAGGAAGAAGCCUGGACAGGAGGGAGCACGACGGAAAUUCACCUGGAAGAAGCGCUGAGGGGCGGAUCAGUUCCACCUGAGCUUGGAUAUGAAACAUUCAAACUGACUUCUGACAUCAUUGAAACUGCUUUAUUUUCUCUCCAGAGGCGAUGUCACUCUGUCCUCUUUAAGCUCUUGGUGCCAAGUGCUAUGCUUUCUCACAUGGUUUUCAUGAUGCACCUGCUGCAGGGAGCUCCUUCAGCCACCAGAUGGAGACAUGUUAUAAGAAAUUCAUAGUUUGGACUGUUUAUCUGUACAUCAAUUAAUAAAUUAAAGAUUUUCUAUAAAAUAGAAA